GAUUGAAAAAUGUUUGAACGUCGAGUUUUAUGACAAUUUCUAUUUUCGUUUCACGAUUUCUGCGUUCAUCAUUGUGUUGGUGAUAUCCACUGGUAUAUUGUAUUGGCGUUUGCUGAAGAAACUUAGCGAGGUUCGCUCGAAAAUGCAGACUGUCUCUACGGCAUGGAAACGACGCACGGUAGCCACAUCAGGUGCUCUUUUUUCAAGUCUGAUUUUUGGUACGUUUUUAAUUGGAUGGUUACCGGCCUCAAUAUUGUUCUUAGUGACCGCGAAUGGUAUGCCGCUGCAUGAUGUGAAAACCAUUUGGUUGAAUAUCUACGCACUUACGUCGUUAAUAUUAAUUAUGGUUAAAACGCUUACGAAUCCAAUUAUUUAUGCCACUAGGUGGGUUCUUAAGUAUUUUUCAUUUUAA